AGGAGGAUGAGGCGGGAAACUGUUUAGAUGCUGCCGUUGUUGUUGUUUUGUUUGUUUGUUGUUUGUUUGGUAGUAACUGACGUUUCUUAGUAACGGAUAGUUCGGGUUACGACCGCUAAUGUGAUAUGGUGUUGUUGUUGUUGUUGUCGCCUGGUGUUGUGUAGGCGAAGAUACUACCAUCUCUCAAAUCCUCUGUCUCAUCCUUCCCCUACCCUUCCUUCCCCUUACAGCAGCCCCUUACCUUACCCUUACCCAGCCCCCUCAAAGUUACCAUCCCCUUUCUCCACUAAGGUCCUUGCAGCGUCUUUCCGUACUUUUAUAAUUCAAAGGUUAUCUUUGAAGUACACAUCUUCAGACUGAAAUGAAACUCCACAUCGCAGUGAAGACCGUCAAACAGGCCAUCGUGAAGGCCACUCUCAUGGGCGCCGUGCUGGGCCUUGGUGCCCUGCUCGGCGGCGCGGCGUGGAAGGCCGCGACCACCGCCUCGCGGGUGUGCGAGGCGGUGCAGGCGUGGGAGGACAAGGGCCUCCACGCCACCAACGUGUGGUGGGCGCGGGAGCUGCUGGCCCGCCAAGGGUGGCUCGGCCCCCUGCGCCCCAGUCCCCCUCUGGACCCCCUGGAGGCCUGUGGGCUGGUGCCGGGCGAGGCGUCGGCCUGCUGGUGGCGGCUGCUGCUGCAGCCCCGCCGGGCAGGGCGGCUCCUUGCCUGCCUGGAGGAGCGGGUGGUCGAGGCUGAACACGACCAUGAGGCUUUCGGGGCCCGCCUGUGCUGGGGCGUGAUCCUGGCGCUGGUGGUGCCUCUGGGCCUAGUGGCCGCGCGUCGCCUUGCCCGCCGCUGGGUGAAGGGGGUUAAUGGGCAUCAGGAAAGCCCAGGCGACGACUGUUUUGUGGAUGCCCCUGAAGCCGAUGCCGGCGAGGCACUGGUGGAAGAUUGGGCAACCCCGGCAGCCGAUGUGGAUGUAACGGAGGAAACUUGGACAACAGCGACAGCAGUUGUUGAAGAGAUCGAUGAAGAGGAAUGCUGGGCAACCCCAGCAGAGUAUGUGGAGGAGCUGAUGGUGCAGGAGGAGGAGAGCAAGGCAGCAGAUGAUGAUUCUGUAGGAGCAGAGUCUACACCUACAGACUUAUCCCCUGCUGCAGACGACUGUGUGGAGGAGCAAGAUCCUCAGGAAAUGAACGUGUUGGCCACCGCAGAGAAUGUGGAGUGUGUGGAGGAGCAAGAUCCUGAGGAAAUGAACGUGUUGCCCACCGCAGAGAAUGUGGAGUGUGUGGAGGAGCAAGAUCCUGAGGAAAUGAACGUGUUGGCCACCGCAGAGAAUGUGGAGUGUGAGGAAGUGAAGGAAGAAGGCGGUGGCGAAGAGAACACGGAGCAAGAAAGAACAGAUAGUGAUGCGGAUAACAAGGCCGCUGAUAAAGCAGAGGAAGCGGCCGACGAGCCGCCAGUUCCUGGCGAGUUUGUGCAGGACAAAGUGGUGAGCGAGGACCCCGAGGGUCUCGCGGGGGAAGAGCCGCAGAGAAGCACGCUCUGGGCGGAGGAGGCGCCCAUGAAAAAGAAAAGGAAAAGGAAGCGCAAGAACCUUGGCCCCGCCGAUGUGCUGAAGGCAUCUGGUGACGCACAUGUCCAAGACGAACACAAGACGGAUGCCAAGACUGACGUCAAGAAGAAGGCGGCGCAAAAGGCUGAGACCAAAGGAAAGGCGGUGCCAAGGGCUGAGGUCAAGGGAAAAGCGGUGCCAAAGGCUGAGACCAAAGGAAAGGCGGCACCAAAGGGUGAGACCAAAGGAAAGGCGGUGCCAAGGGCUGAGGUCAAGGGAAAAGCGGUGCCAAAGGCUGAGACCAAAGGAAAGGCGGCGCCAAAGGCUGAGACCAAAGGAAAGGCGGUGCCAAGGGCUGAGGUCAAGGGAAAAGCGGUGCCAAAGGCUGAGACCAAAGGAAAGGCGGCACCAAAGGGUGAGACCAAAGGAAAGGCGGUGCCAAGGGCUGAGGUCAAGGGAAAAGCGGUGCCAAAGGCUGAGACCAAAGGAAAGGCGACACCAAAGGGUGAGACCAAAGGAAAGGCGGUGCCAAGGGCUGAGGUCAAGGGAAAAGCGGUGCCAAAGGCUGAGACCAAAGGAAAGGUGGCGCCAAAGGCUGAGACCAAAGGAAAGGUGGCGCCAAAGGCUGAGACCAAAGGAAAGGCGAUGACUCCUGCUGAUGAGAAAAAGACCACAGAAGUGAAGAAGAAUGUUACGGUGAAGCAGGUCACGCGGACGAAAAAGAAGCCUGCCCCGGCCCAGCCCAAGGCAGCCCCGCCCAGCCCGCCCCUCCACAGCGUGCGGCAGUCCUGGCAGGAGGACGUGGUGACGGUGCGGCUGCCGGUGCCGCCGGCCAGACGCAGGCACGUCAUCGGCCCGCGCGGGGACACAGUCCGGCAGCUGCGGCGGGACUACCCCGGCGUGCACGUGGCGGUGCCGCUGCCGAAGGACGCCGACGCCCACGUGACCUUCAGGGGCCCCAAGAGCCAGGCGGCCGCCGCGUCGCAGGAAGUCGCCGCGCGCCUCCAGACCAUCGAGGCUCAGAUACGCGAGGCUGCACGCAUCCGCCAGCAGGCCGUGGCCACGGCGGUGCUGGACGUGGCGCCCAACAGGCGGCGCCUCGUGGUGGGCCCCGGGGGCGAGGAGCUCCUGAAGCUGCAGCAGCAGCACCCCGGCGUGAGGGUGUCCGUGCCGCCCGCCAUCGACACGGAGUCUCGCAGCGUCACCAUCACGGGGCCGCCCGCCGAGGUGCGCGCCGUCCAGGCCAAGAUCAAGAACCGCCUGGCAGCGAUCGAGCGGCAGCGGCAGCUCUUGAGGGCCCGCAGGCGGCGGCGACACCAAGGAGCGGCUUCGGCGUCAGGGGCUUCCCCGGCCAAGGGUUGCUAAGGUGUUGACGCCAGUGUCGCGUGUUGCCGCUGCGUCAGUGCGGGGAAUGUUUCAGGGUUUUCACAGGGAUUACUUACUUAACUGUUUCUUACUUAAUAUCUGAUCAUUUAUUAAA